AUGCCUCCUCAUACACGUGUAAGAGCGACUGCUGCCAAGAGCAAGCCAGACACAUCUAAGAGGAAUAAGAAUAAUCAUACUCUUGAUCACAAUGAUGAUGAUGACGUUAUAUCCUACCAUACCAUCAGGAGUUCAUCAUCAUCAUCACAAGAAAAUAUGAUUAAUCAAAGACGUAAUAAGAGGCGGAGGAAGGCAUUAACCAUACCUGAUGGUGGUGUUGGUGGUGAAGUAGCAGUAUCAUCGUCAUCUAGCCUCCUCCUAUAUUGUUGUGUGUGUCAACGAGAAGAACAUAACAACAACAACAUCAUGACUGGAUUCCUCAAUAAUAAUAGGAUAAUAAGAGGACCUGGUAUGAAGAAGCCUGUUAGUGUUACCAUUAAGGAUGAGAACUUCCAAAGGAUGACUAAAUGUGGACAUACUUAUCUCAGAGUAUUUUGUGAAAAGCAUAAGAAUGGACUAUGUAUAUGUGGUAAGAUGAUUAAGGAUGGAGAGGAUACUCUUGAUUGCCGUCUUAAAGGUCAUCAUCAUCAAACUAUAUCAUCUGAUGAGGAAUCAGGUGGAGAGGAACUAGGCCAAUCUGAUGCUCAUAUGCAUAUAGCUGUGUUACCUAAAUAUAGACCACCACCAGAAACUACUCGUAAGAAUAAGAACAACAGGAAUCAACAACAACAACAAGAAGAAGAAGGAGAAGAACAGAUAGGACCAUCGCGUCGACGACGACAACGACAGCAGCAGCAGUCUUCAUCAAUAAUGACGAUGAUGAAUGAUGAUGAUGAUGAUGAUCAUGAUACAUCAUCAUCAUCAAUAUACGGUAUACUCCCACCUAGAAGGAGUAGGAGGAGGAGGAGGACUGUUGUAACUCCAUCAUCAUCAUCAUCAUUAGAAUGUGUGGUACGUGCUUGUAUCGGCGAUGAUGAACUGGCAUCCUGGAUGAUGAUAGAUAUUUUGGAUAGGAAUUCUAUUAGGACUAUAGACGAGUUGAAGACUUACCUUUCAUCACGAUCGGCACUUAUAAUACCCAAAUCCCUCCGCAAUAUGAACUUUGAUGUUUAA